AUGGCAUUGGAAGCUACGAACCAUCCACAGCACGAUCACGAGCAAGGAGACCUUCACCUGCUGCAGCCUACCAUGAAUCUUGCCAAAAUUCACGCAUGGGACCUUGUUGGUGCCGUACUGGCAGCCUUGGUUCUGCGUGCUUUCUACCGGCUCUAUCUCCAUCCCCUUGCGAGAAUCCCGGGGCCCAAAAUGACGGCCAUUACCUCUCUGUAUGAGCUCUACUACAAUGUCGUCUGCGAUGGACGGUUUAUUUUUCGGAUUGAGGAAAUGCACAAGAAAUACGUCCAUAUCAUAGACCCCGAUUUCUACGACGAGAUUUACACUUCAUCGGUCCGAAAGCGCGAUAAGGAGCCCACCUUCGUCCCUACGUUCGGUGUCCCCUAUGCGGCAGUUGCGACCGUCAAGCAUGACGUCCACCGCUAUCGACGCAGCCUCUUGUAUGAGUUCUUCUCCAGGAGGUCAGUGUCAAGAUUAUCGCCCGUGAUUGAAGAACGGGUAGGGAAGCUCAUGAGUCGGUUGGUGGAGUUCCACGUCGGGGGAGAGGUUGUUGAUCUCUGCGGCGCUUUCGGUGCACUCACGUCAGACGUAAUCACCUUCUGCUGCUAUGGCAAAAGCUGGGGCUUCCUGGAAGACCCGGACUUCCGCAGCGAUAUCCGCACGGCGGCCAACGACUUUGCGGGCGUUUAG